UUAAAGGAGAGAAAAUGGUGGUUUUUAGUAUAAUUUAGGGUGAAAAUAUGGUUGAAUGGAUGUGAAUACUCUUAGACCGUGGGGUAUGGUGGGGCGUGGGUUAGGGGCAUGGUGAGACGCGUGGAGUAUGGGGCACCCAAGACCAAAAACCAAUUUCAAAGAGGUAUGGUGGGGCGUGGCUGGGUUGGCGUGGCUAGUGCUCUUGGCCAAUGAGGUUUCACCAUGUCAUGUGGGUAGCCCCGCCCAACGCCCGGGCUGCAUCCUACGCCAACAGAGCCACGCCCAAACCCAAACCCAAACCCACCCGGGAUGAUGACUUGGGCGUUUCUCUCCAACCCACGCCCAACCCCAUAGUGUUAGGGCUUUAUUAUAUUUCAAUUCAUUCUAUUCUUAAUUUAUUAAUAUAUUUUAAUGCUGACCAUGUUGAUUGAAUGUUAAGGUUUCUUUCAGUCACUCGUUUAUGUUUAUCAUCAAUAGUAUUGGUAAUAUUGGCAAAUUAUUAAUUGAUGAUUGUGGUUCUUCUUUAUAUAUAAAUAACUUUUGUCAUAUGUACACCAAUAUUAAGUUACAAUACCAAAAAUAUCUCUGUUACGAUGAAUCAUUCAAAACAGUUUAACUACUUGUUCAAUGUGUUAAAAGGUUUCAGUUCUAACUUCAAAACUACUAAUAAUUAGGGGUGUAAAUAAGGCAAGACGAGCCGAGCUCGACUAUGCUUGAGCUCGUCUAACUUAUGAAGGCUUGAACUCGUGCUCGUUUAACUUAUGAAAGCCUGAGAUCGGCUUGAUUCGAGCUUUUUUCUAAUGCUCGAGCUUGGCUGAUCAGUUAACAACGAAGAACUCACAAAAUUUGAUUAUUUUGGGUUAGCUAAUUACAAUUGACUGCUACUAUUAGUUGAAUUUGAGGCGGUUAUACAGUUAUGUGUCAACGGUUGGGCGGAUGUUUGCUUUGUGCAUUGGUUCACAAUGUAUUUAUAUGCAGCUGGGGAACGGGAGGGUUUAAAUAAUACUGCAUAUUUUCAUCCUCGUUAUAUUGAAGGUGAACUUGUCUUAGAUGAUGUUGACUUUGUGAUUGACCACAUAAAAAAGGUUAUCUCUUUUGAUAAGGACAAACAAUGGUUUAUUGAACCAUACAUAGCCGGGAAACACUGGGUAUUAAUUAUACUUCAACAUCAUCCGGUAUAUAAAACUUGGAAGGGUUACAUAUUUGAUUCACGUAAAGGUAAAGGUAAAGGUAAAGGUAAAGAUGAUGAUGAUUAUUCAUGUUACGAGAUUACAACAUUAUUCGAACAAGCCAUAGAAGAAAAUAUGACGUGGGCUAAGGUUAAACGUCGUCUACAACCUAAUGGAUGGGAGUGCGGUUAUUUUCUUAUGUUGGCUAUGUAUGAUUUUGUGAUUUGUAACAGAGAACAUAUGUUGGCAAAUAAAACUAAAAUGGUUCGUCAAGGUGAAAUUGAAAUUGAUGAAUUUGUAGAGCGUACUUUAAAGGUGUUUAUAUCAUCUUUUGGUGACGUUGAGGAUGAGAAGGAUCAAUGAAGUGGCAAAGGAAUUCUGGUUAGCUGGUGUUACUUAGAAGAGCUUGUGGUGGAUGAAGAAAGUUGCACAAAGUCAAAGGUUUUUCAAGUGUUUUUUUGCAUGGGUGUAAAACUGAAUGAUUCUAUGUUUUUUUUUUAUAUUUUUUUCUUUGUUAAAUUGAAUGCUUUAGACUAACGGGUCAAGAUGGAUUCUUUAGCUAUUUAUAAAACGGUUCAUUGUUU